AUGUCUAAACGGAACAAACAAUCAUCAGGUUCGGAUGAUGAUUCUGAUGUUGUGGUAACAGGUUCUAAAACAAAAAAGCAAAAAACAAUCCGAACAACAUUUGAUAUAAAUGUUUGUGGAGCAUUACAGAAAAUUCAAUAUUCCCCAGACUUUUUAUCUUUUUUAAAAUUUAUUCUACAAGUGUUGGAGGGUGAUGCUAUUUCUAUUGACGUACUGUGGAGUCAGAUCGAACACAUGAGCGGUAGAAACUUUUCUACCAAGUCUGGUGCGAUUGAGUGGCUAACAAGACAUGGGUUCCGAUGUAAUAACAACAAGAUUUCUCCUCCUUUACAAAUGAAAAUCAAGGAAAAGUAUUUGGAAAUGAUUAGUUUUAUGAAUAUUAUUAUAGUGGACAAUAGUAUUCCUCCAUCUGUUUAUGACAUUUGUGCAGAUGCAAGCUCAGAGGUCUUUGAAAUUAAAAAAGAAAUGAUUCAUGAAAUGUUUGAGUGGGAAGGUGACUCUGGAUUUAAACUUCAACUAAAGGAACAAAUUCACAAAUUUAAUCCUACUGAAUAUUUGUGUGAGGUUUACAUUGAGGAAUUUAAAGGAAUCUAUCUUGGAAGUUGUACUCCUAGAAAUGAUGGUCAAAAAUACUUUGCAGUCAUUGGGUAUUUCACAAAUAAUCCUGUUCUUAUAACAGAGAGCAGGUGUGAUUUUGGUUUCAGAAUGAAGUAUAGAAUACCUACAGAGAAAAACAUGUCAAUUACACAUUGGGAAAAUGAUGAAAGAACAAUUCAAGUUGACUCUAUGACUUCUCCUUGUGAAAUUGCUUUGGAGGUUGUGGACGACUAUCAAAAGCAUGCCCUUCACGACCAAAUCAUGUCUUAUCUGAAUUCAUUUUUACAAGGCAUAAUUGAAGUUGAAAAUGUUUCUCAAAUUGUUUAUGAUAAUUUUAAAUCGCAAAUGAUCGGUGUGAUAACGGAUACUAGAUGGAUAAUAUUUAGUUCCCUUGUAAAGUCUACACACCUCAUUCAACGAGAAAAGGAUGUUUUGGAUGAGCUGUCCAAAAAUGAAGUAUUUGACAGACUGCCUGUCCACUGGUUGACCGUUGUGUGUCUUUCAUUUGGAAGAGAUCCAGAGGUUAUUAAAAAGUAUAUCAAGUCAAAAAAGAGACAUGCAUGUGAUUUGGAAAAGUCUUUAAAUUGGAAAGAGUUCAACAAUUUCCAUGUUGAAGAAACCAUGGAUUUAAAUAUUUUGAACCAAGCACUAGAAAACGUUGACAAGCUGAUUGACAAGGCCAUUUCUAAGACUGUAUCAGCAUAUCCUUACUCCAAGUCAUUCCUUUCAAAUAAGGGUAAAAUAACUGUAAGUGACAGUGAGGGCGAAGACGACGACGAUGAUUUAAACAGGGACCCUAGUGAUCCCUGCAACAAAAUUGAUGACUUGAUCAACCAUAAGAAGAGAUUUAUUCGUAGGCACUUUAAUUAUAUAAGAUCUAUGGUUAGUAAGACUAUUAAUGGUGAAACCUUACCAGAGCUGUUAGGAAAAAAGAAAGGAUCUCCUCAUUUCUACUACUUUGAUGAUAUUUCUCUUGGUAAAUCUAGGACAGCCGUACCUGUUGUAAAUGCAGUUGAUUUUUCUGAAUUUGAGCCAUUUGCUUAUGCAACAAGUAACACGUACGGUGAAGGAAUCACAGAAGACCAAAGAGAAGUAAUGGCAGCUCUUAAAAACUCUGAAGCAUGUGAUUGUAAAAAUAAGUGUGGAAAGGGUUGUAAAUGUCUCAGACUUCAACAAGAAUUCAGAACAGACAUAUUUGAUCCAAGUCAAUUCAAUCCUGUUAGAAGAGGUGAUGAAGUUUACUACGACAACAGUGGAAAGUUAAGAGAUAUUGAUACAAAAUAUGUAAUUUUAGAGUGCAAUAGAGAUUGUGGGUGCUCUGAAACUUGUCCCAACAGGGUUGUGCAAAAAGGAAGUAAUGUUAAAUUAUGUGUUUUUAAAACUAAGAAUAGAGGUUGGGGUUUAAGAGCUAAUCAAAAGCUCUCAAAAGGACAAUUCGUAGAGGUCUACUUUGGAGAGCUUAUUACAGAUGCUAUUGCUGAGAAGAGAGGUGAAAGAUAUGAUAGAAAAGGCCUAAGUUAUUUAUUUGAUCUUGCUCAUGGAGGUGUUCAAUGUGAAUACACAAUUGAUUCAACCUUCAUAGGUAACGUCACUAGAUUUUUAAACCAUUCUUGUGAUGGUAAUUUAAAGCAAUUAUUAGUGUGCAAUGAGAUCAGAGAUCCAAGAUAUGGUGACAUUGCAUUCUUUUGCAAACGAGACAUCAAAGAAGGAGAGGAACUUACAUUUGAUUAUGAGUAUAUUGUAGAGAAAAGAGUUAAAUGUCUUUGUGGUAGUAAGAACUGCAAGGGUUGGCUUCGAUAA